AUGAUAAAGUUGGGGGGGGUUGUCGAAGGUGGGGGAGACGUUAAUUCGAGGAAAUGUAUCGCUAUAUUUCGAUCUUUCUUUUCUCUCUUUAGUAUUUUCUUUUACUUUAUUAUAUCGCUUUAUUUCAUUCUUUCUUUCUUUCUUUCUUUCUUUCUUUCUUUCAUGCCCAGACCUUCCUUCUGUUCUGUUCUGUUCUUUCUUUCUUUCUUUCUUUCUUUCUUUCUUUCUUUCUUUCUUUCUUUCAUGCCCAGACCUUCCUUCUGUUCUGUUCUGUUCUUUCUUUCUUUCUUUCUUUCUUUCUUUCUUUCUUUCAUGCCCAGACUUUCCUUCUGUUCUGUUCUGUUCUUUCUUUCUUUCUUUCUUUCUUUUCUUCAAUGUCUUUUUCUCUUUUUUUAUUUCGUUUUCUUCUUUUUCCUUUUUUGUUUUCUUCUUUUUCCUUUCAUUUUUUUUCAUGUUCUUUUAUCCAUUGGCAUAUUGUCUUUCUUCCUUGCAAUAUUUUCUUUCUAUUGUAAUUUUCUUUUUUUCUUUCGUUUUUUCUUUCAUAAACUUUCUUUUAGCUUUAGUAAAUAUUUUUCAUUUUUUCAUAUAUUUUCUUUCGAUAGUAAAAUCUUUCAUUCUACCUUUUUCUUUCUUUCUUUCUUUCUUUCUUUUUAUUACCCUCUCUUCCUUUCUUUUUAUAUUUCUAGCCACUCUUUUUUCUCUUUAUUCUCCCUUUCUUUUCUCCCUCUCAUCUUUUCAUCUUUCUACUCACUCUUUUUUUCUUUCUUUCUUUCUUUCUUGUUAGUUUUCCCUUACUUUUCCAUCUACCCUUUCUUUCUUUCUUUCUUUCUUUCUUUCUUUCUUUCUUUCUUUCUUUCUUCAGUAAUUUUUCUUUCUUUCUUUCAUAUAUUUUCUUUGUCAUUCUUAUAUUUUCUUUAUCUUUCAUAA